GACCGUUAGUGGUCCCUCAAAGCAUGAUGUGAUAGCUCUGGUCACAUAGCUAGCUUUUUACAUGUUUUAUUACUCUGCUUUGUUCAGCCAACUGAGCCACUAAAGUGUUUUGCUUAUGGUUUGGCUUCUACUCUUUCCAGCCAGCUAGUCGAGGGGAUAGUGUGGCUAGGGGGAGUGGUGGGGGUGCAGACCAUGCAGGCAGACUGGGUGACCCCCAUCCCAACCUAUGACUCACGUGCAGAGGCGGAGACUGCGUAUGAGAUUCACCACCGGAGAGGACCGUCCCGUACUCACUCUUCGGACCGCUCUGUGCGCUCAGAAAAAUUACCUUCACCCCGAUAGCAGCUAAACAUCGUUUUCCCUUUGUUGACGCCUUGUUUACAAUGUGAAGAAAAUGGCGGCGACAAGCUCUGAUUGGGUGGAGAUCCUGGAGCCACGCUCCCGUGAGCGUAUGUAUGUGAACUUGACCACUGGUGAGUGCGGCUGGGAACCCCCCUCAGGCGUUCCUGUCCGCCAAGCGGACGGUAACCAGUGGUGGGAGCUAUUCGAUCCCCAGAGCGGCCGCUUCUACUACUACAACUCUACUGGGCGCCGCACAGUCUGGCAUCGACCCCUGGGAGCUGAUAUAGUGCCCCUCUCCCAGCUCCAGGCCAUGAGGCGAUGCAGUGAGGCCAAGCGGGCUGGAGGGGCCGUGGACAGGCACCACCAUGGGACCACGGGGAGUAUCGGCAGUGUAGGGAGCCAGGGGCGCUUCACACCUUUGCCCGAGCAGGAGGGGGACAUCCCUGUCCCCAGAGCUCCGGAGACCAAUGAGGAGGCUGCCAACCCCGAGCUGGACCCGGCAGUGGACAGCAGACUGCAGGGAGACGGAAGCAGCACCGAAAACAGCACAGACGGCAGUAAAGACCCACAGAGGGAUGCUUAUCAAAGAUGGCAGCCCGAACCUGGUUCUAAGGCAGCCAUGUUGGUGAAGGUGAACAGCAUGAGCCGUAGCCAGCCUAUCCCAGCCUUGCAUCAGCAGCACCUCCAGCCCAGUGCACACAGCAAAGUCAACACCGUCAACCUGCACCCCUCUAGCAAUAAGACCCAAGGAGUACAUUUAAGCUCCACCCAGGGAUAUAAAACCGCCCCUUCUGGCAAAAUGGCCGCUGACACACGUCAGGCCCAUCACCUGAGAAAAGCCAGCAAUGGCAGCUUCUGUUUGGUGACAUCAGACAGUAGCCAUCCUAGUCCGCUCCUUCACAGGUCACAGACCAGCACACCAUGCCCGGUCUCUCCCCAGUAUGGUUGCACUACCCCAAUCUAUGACGAGCCCGUUUCAGAAUGUCCCAUAUAUGAUGAACCCCCAACAGACAUGGAGGUCGAGGGGGCGCACCUGUUCAACGGACAACCUCUGUCUCGUCUGACACCUACCCAUAGCCUCCAAAAACCCAGACACCUCCAGCACCCUGGUUCAUCUCAUUCAGGGUCCAGACACCGGAGGAAUCCCUCUGCCUCUGACUACAGCCCAGCUGGCCUGGAGUGCAUCAAGCACAUGAUAAACGUGGACCCCAAACAGGCACUUCUAUCUGGCUCCCCUGUACCCACACGUACCCCUUCCCCUACCUCCAGGCAGGAUCCUGUCAUGCCCCACCCUCAGCCACAUCCCCAGGCCCACUCUUUGCCCCAGGCUCGAGGCCAGAUGAGGGACAGAGAGCCAGGGACCCCGGGCCCAAGUACACUGGACAAGAAGCAAAGCUGGCGGGUCCUUGAGGCCACUGUCCAGCGCGCCAUGGAGGCACGACACAGCAGACAGAGCAGCCAGGCUUCGCAGGACUUCCCCUCUUCAACCCCCCAGGCCACGGCAAACUAUCAGGACUCUGGUUACUCCACGGGCCCCUCCCCAAGUCUGAGAAGAAAGAGCAGGAGGAGGGUGGGAGCCGGUGGUGGUGCGGGAGGCAGGCCGGGGUCGGUAGGCAGCAGCGGGGAGCUGUGUGCCCUCAACGAGAGGCUCAUGGCCGAGAUGAGGGAGGUGGUGAGUCGCUCCAACACCAUGAGGGAGGUGAGAGCGGGGCUGGACCCGGAAAUGGGGGAGAGGGUUGUCGUACCUCGGACGCGCUCCCCCGCCGCGGACUCCCUCAGGUGGUACGGAGGAGUGGGAGGGGGGUCAGCAAGCAGGUGCGCAUCACGAGAGGAACUGACCGGGGCUCCCCGGUCACUGAGUAGGGCAGGUAACCAUGGCAACCCUGCGCUGACCCCUCUGGAGAUACCAGGGAGGCAGAAAAGGACCUAUGAAAAGGUAGACACCUUGGAGAUGAGUGUGAAUAGCCAGGCCAGCCUGUCCUCUCCAGAGACCCCUGGACCGCCCUCCCAGGCGGGCACCCUAGAGCUGCAGGCUCAGUUGGAGAGCAGAAAGAAAGGCAUGGUGGAUGGGCGGACAGCUUCCCUAGGCCCUCAUCGCCCUGUCAACCAUGACAACAGAGAAGAAGGUGAUGGGGAAGGUGGAAGAGCACGGGGGUCCUCCUACCAGCUCUCCUACGCCACCCUGCGGCAGCCCCCGCCUCCCGACAUGGGCAUGGAGGACUGGGCCAGCAAGCACCUCAACAUGCACACGCAAGGCCUGUUCCGUCGCCGUGUCUCCAUUGCCAACAUGCUGUCGUGGAACCGCGGCUCCAUCAAAAAGCCCAUGCUGGUCACCAGCAACCGCGCCGUCCGGAAGGAGGCCUGCGAGAUGUUCAAGCUGGUACAGGCCUACAUGGGAGACAGGCCUUCACGUCUGGACCGCCGUCACUGUGCCCUCCUCAUCAUCACCAAGUGCUGGGACAUGCCAGGGCUGCGGGACGAGCUGUACGUGCAGCUGGUGAGGCAGACCACAGGCAAUGCCACCCCGAGAAGCUUGGCGGGAGGCUGGGAGCUGAUGGCUGUCAGCUUGGCGUUCUUCGCCCCCUCGCCCAAGUUCCGCUGCUACCUGGAGGGCUACAUCCAGAGACACACGGACCCUGCCAGCGACAAGAAAUGUGAGUCUCAGACUGAGCAACAUGUGACUCAGUUCAUAUUGGAACAGCAGGACCUAAAGCUGAAGAAGAAUUCAAAGUCCAGAAAGAAGAGGAAACAGAAUACAGAUGAGGAAGAAGGUCUGCCUAUCAGCACAUAUGCCAAGUUCUGCCAUCGGAAACUGCAGAAGGUGGCGAUCACCGGAGGCAAAAAGGGUCUACGUAAGCCCACGUUGGAGGAGAUCGACCACAGUAGGCGGGCCAUCGUCACGCCCUCCCUGUUUGGCAGUUCUCUGGAGGAGGUGAUGGAGAGGCAGAGCGAGCUCUUCCCAGAUAGGAAACUGCCCUGGGUGCAGGUUCAGCUUUCCCAGUAUGUUCUGGCUCUGGGCGGGGCUCAGACGGAGGGCAUCUUCAGAGUGCCUGGGGACAUUGAUGAAGUGAAUGCGUUGAAGCUCCAAGUAGACCAGUGGAGGAUCCCAGAGAAUCUCUCUGACCCCAAUGUCCCUGCCUCUCUAAUGAAGCUGUGGUAUCGGGAGCUGGAGGAACCUCUCAUCCCAAUGAACUUCUACAAGCAGUGUGUCAGUAACUGUGACGACCCAGUGGCGGCCAUCGCUGUGGUUCAGUCUCUGCCUGAGCUCAACAGGCUGGUGCUCUGCUACUUCAUCCACUUUCUGCAGGUAUUUGCUCAGCCAUCCAACGUGGCUAUAACCAAGAUGGAUGUGAACAACCUGGCGAUGGUGAUGGCACCUAACUGCCUCCGGUGCCAAUCCGACGAUCCACGGGUCAUCUUCGAAAACACGCGCAAGGAGAUGUCCUUCCUGAGAAUGCUUAUUGUUCACCUGGAAACCAGUUUCAUCGAAGGGGUGGUGUAGACACUGUAAACAGAGCGCAGAGCCCACCUCAAGUGCUGAAUCAGCAUCUCCAGUUACACAUUUACAAUCGUGCAUAAACACUUUCUGUUCAGACCACACUGGAAACUCUUCAGGUGAGAUAUUACACCUCUUACAACACAAGCAGUGUGAGAGCAGCUUGGACUUUGGACCCUUGUUUUCACUUGCUUCCUUACUGAGUGACAAGACACCUUAGGUUAAACUGUGUUUUUUGAUACUAACAUCAACAGUGACAGAUUUAAAGUGGCUCACUUUAAUGACCGUAUUUUCUAACCGCUGCAUGUGAAAACAGAUUUACUCUUUUGUUACUAAAUGGGUAGUACUACAGUUUCAUAGAACAACUGCGUUGUGUAAAGGGAGAGUCUUACAGUAUUUACUUUACUUGCACAACAAAACAUAAAGACAGCAGCGUUGACAUUCUGGUUUCAUUCAAGUGUGUGUGUAUAUGUGUGUGUGUGAAUGAAAGACACCCUUCUUUUAUCAUGUACAGAAAAUAUAAAAAAAAAGUUAAAGAACUAUUGUAAUGGUGUCUUACUAAUAAGCUUGCCUGUGCUGUUUUGAGUAGUUGUACUGAACGCUGGUCUCCUCGUAUUUCAUUUUUACGAGACACAAGAAGCCACACCACCACAACUAUUCUGACGGAGUACAGAGCCUUCAUUUUAAAGCACAAACUGGAAGGAUGUGCAGAAAGCUCUUUAUAACGGAUGGUGGCGAUUUUCUAAGAAAAUAAACUUAGAAAGUGCUUUGAUUUUACAACCUUUAAACACAAGUGAAGCCAGACGAGGGUGUUGUAAUUACAGUUUAUGUCACAGGGAUGUUGGAGGUUGGUAAUACUCGUUCUCUUUUAUCUAUAAAAAGGCUUUCAAUCGGAAUUGUGUUCUCUUUUGUUUGUGGUCUGUAUGUUGUUUUUUUUUUUGGCUCAGGUCUUACGAUAAAACGGGUGUUGGAUGUGAUAACUGUACACGGCCUCCCUCACAGACUGAACAUUUGAUUAAUCUAACACAAACCCCUGUAAUGAGAAUGGAUUAUUGUUCAACCGUCAAGCACUAUGAGAAUGUAGAUUAAGCUUUUUGUGUCCCCUCUCAGGCUUUGACCAUGUAAAUAAAUUCUGCGUGUAAAUAGUAUUAACUCUGCUUAAGUGUAUUCUAGUGAUCCAGGUUAAGGGUGAAGUUAAAUGUUGCUGUAAAGAGCAAUAAAAGGUGUAAAAGUUAAUUAACUGUUCAUUUCUCUGCUGUAACCGCCUGCCUUUUGAACAUAGGACUGAUUCAAACCACUUUCCGUGUGUGUGUGUGUGUGUGUGUGUGUGUGUGUGUGUGUGUGUGUGUGUGUGUGUGUGUGUAUAUAUGUGUGUUUGCAUACCUACUUGUUAUGUGGAAUGACUGUCCAUAAAUAAAGAUUUGUUCAAUUGUA